AUGGGAGCCUGCGGCAGCAAACAAAAGCUGGCGCACAAUCGAGCCACCGCCGCCAACCAGAUAUUGGACGCACAGUACGAAGCCCACAUCCAGGAUCUGGAGACCCGGCUCGAGGAAGCGGAGCGAGCGGCGCGGCAAGCGCAGGACGAGGUAGCAGAAUAUAAAGUCCAGGCACAGUUGGCCAGUAGCGCGGCGCUAUCGGCGCAGGUCGCCGCGCUCGAGGUGCGGCUCAAGGAGUAUGAGGCGCCGAGCACGCCCCUUGCCGUCUCCCCUCCUUUCCGGAGCCUUGUCCCGUCGGCCGAUCCGUUCGGUCCCCUGGAUGGUGGCUCGCCGUCGGCCGAUGCAGCGGCCGACGAUCGGAAGCGGCGGGCGGCGCUCGCGACACGCGUGCAGGCGUGCUACCGGGGCCACUACGCGCGGGCAAAGCUCGAGGCGGCGCAGCUCGAGGAGCGACAGGCGUCGCUCUCGCGGCAGAAGGCGGAGGCGCGGCUGCGCGGGCUGCAUGCCAAGCAGGCGCUAGGCGGCGAUGGCGCGCGCACGCGGGUGCAAGACAUCGCAGCCGCCUCCGCGCAGCACCGCGGGAGCGCUGCUCGUGCGGAGUUCAACUACCUCAAGACGGGCGCCGGCGAGACCGAGCGCAAGGCGCUGUGCAUCUGCUGCUCGUACCCCGGCACCCACCUGGCGCUGCCGGGCUGUGUGAGAGACCAGGCUGCGAUGGUCGACCUGCUACCAAAGCAAGGCUACGACGCGAUGCGAGAGGCGGAGGCGGAGGCGGAGGCGGAGAAGGCUGUCGCGGCGGAGGCUGCUCAGCAGAAGCCUUGGGAGCCGUGUCUGACUCCGCGAGGAGCGGCCACGCGGGAGAAGGCAAAGGCAUACGCCGAAGACGCGUGGGAGAGGGCGCGGCGUCCCGCGCGAGGGCGACGAGACGACACCGACCAAGAGCAGGAGCUGCUCGACCAGGAGCAGGAGGUGCUCGACGCGAGAGCGGAAUUCGUGGUGGCCGCGUCGGGGGCGGCGCAUAGGAAGCGAGAGGCGGAGGCGGCGGUGCGCGUGCAGGCCAUGUACCGCGGCCACGUGGUUCGCGCGGAGGCGGAGGCGGAGGCGCUGGAGAAGCGGCGCGCCGAGUGCGCGGCGCUGCACCGCGGGAACUCGUCGCGAGCUGGGGCGGCGGAGGCGGCGGAGGCGCAGCGAAAGCUGGUGCUGGAGAUAGAGAUUGCGGCGACGCAAGUCCAGCAGCUCGGCGUGGUGGGUGCGCCCUCUGCUGCGUCGCUCGGAGGGGCCACCCCGCGCUGGUCGGCGGCCCGCGGGUCCGGCGUCUCCUCGCUGAGCGCCGACGACACCGCUUCGGAGCUGGUUGCAGCGGCGGAGGAGGGGGAGGGGGCCGCCGUGUGCGCGCUCCUCGAGUGCGGCGCAGACCCGAACGGCGUCGACGACGAGGGCACGACUCCGCUGAUGGGCGCGGCGCUCGGCGGGCACAUCGGCGUCGUGCGCGACUUGCUCGAGGCCGGCGCCGAGGUCGACAUAGCCGACGGGGAAGGCGGCGUGGCGCUCCACUUUUGCUCCCUCGCCGGCGCGCCUGCUCCGGCCCUCUCCGCCGCCCGAGACCACGCGCCCGCCGUCGAGGUGCUGCUGGCGGCGGGCGUGGAUCCGGCCGAGGAGAACGAGGAGGGCGACACGGCGGCUGACUUUGGCGCGGCGCACGAGGACGUGACGGAGGUGCUCGAGCGGCAUGUCGAGCGGGCCGCCGAGGCGGCGCAGGAGGAGAAGUAUAACCUCCAGCCGAUCCAGAGGUCGCCUGCCGCGGGGGGCGGAGGCGCGGGGGUUAUGCCGCGGUCGCGCGUCUUUGCCGAGGGCGGCGGCAGCGCGGAGCAGGCGGCCGCAGACAAGAGGCUUGCGGCGUCGCUCACAACUCGGCUUAUGGCGGACUCGGCGGCGGACAAGGUGAUACUGGCGGCGAACAAGAGGCUUGCGGGCGAGCAGGGCGGAGGCGGCGGCAAGGGGCGCGGCAAGUACGCGCACACGGUUGUGGCGAGCGAGGCGCCGCCGCGACCGGCGACCAAGUUCGUCGCCGACGCCGACGUCGCCCUGACGCCCCGGACGCGCGUCUACGCGAAGCCCGCCCCGCCGGGCAGGAAGCCGUCGGAGUCGCUGCAGGGGUGGCACGCCACCAAGACGGGGGACGGCCGCACCUACUACUACAACGACGGGGGUGAGACGUCGUGGGAGCGGCCGGGCGCGGAGGACCUCGCCGUGUGA